GAGAAAAGUGAAGUACUGGUAUAUCCAGUAUCCACUAAAUAAACCAGAACUCACACCAAUGCAACAGACAACAGAUCUUAUUCGAAUUUCUUUUUCCGACCGUUGGGGGUCCCGUUCUAGACAGGGAGAUAACGGUUAAAAAAACGCCCUAACAUUCAAAAUUAUUUUAAUUCUGAAACAUCCUUCAAUUCAUUAUUAUCUUCCACCACCUGUUCACCCCCUUCAAUAAACUUCUCAAUUAAACUGAACCCAAAUGAAAAUUACUUAGAAAAAUUAAGAAAAAAACCCCAAUCAAAUUUUCAAUUUUUAAUUUUUUCAAUCAAUGGGUUGUGUAUCAUCCAAAUUAUUGAAGAAAAAUCUUAAACAAGAACUCUUGUUUGGGAGUGGAGAUUUGCCAAAUCAUGUUGUUUCCCUUAAAUCUAGCACACUUGGUGUUCUUAAACUUGACCAAAAUCAAAAUUUGAACAAAACCCAUGUUGUUUUUCCCUCUUCUUCUAAUUUCCAAUCAAUUAAGAAGAAAGAGAACACCAAUGAAGGCAAAUCAGAGCAGAAAAAGGAAGAAAUUGGUACUAAAGUUGGAGUCUUUGGGUCAAAAAGAUUGCAAUCACAGGAAGAAUUAGAGGUGAUUAACACUUGGGAAUUAAUGGAAGAUCUUGAAGGUGAAGGUGAAGAUGAAGGACUCGCCUCGAAGCCGGGGUUUCGAGGCGAGAGAAGCCCCUUCAAGCGAUUGGUAACAAGUCAAUCAAGUUCACCAAAAGAGGGUAAUAAUAAAUUAGGAGGUAAAGAAAACAGAGGAAUUGAUAACACUAAAAAACAGCAAUGUUAUACUACAAGAUCAGGUGGGUUGAAAUCAUGGAAAUUUUCAUCGAAUUCGACUAAUAAAAUUCGAAAGGCUAGUUCAAUGGACAGUCCAAGGAGGAGUAAUUCAGGGGUUUCAUCAUCGAGGAGGAAAAGCUUAAGCCCGUUGUUCGAUCCAGAGUUAAUUGAUUCACUUGAGAAGGAGUUGUCAAUGGAAAAAGAAGAGCAAAUUAAAGAAAUGGUAUGUUCUAAAGAAGUUAAAUCAGUUUCAAAGAGUAAGUACUUUUCGAGGAAUAACCAUAACUCUUCUUCGACUUUAUUCGAGGGAUAUCCGGAGAAAUGCCCACCUGGAGGCGAGGAUUGCGUGGUCAUAUAUACAACAACACUGAGAGGGAUCAGGAAGACGUUUGAGGAUUGCAAUGUGGUAAGAUCAGUAGUGGAAUCGUACAACAUUCGAGUGAUAGAAAGGGAUGUUUCGAUGGAUUCCGGGUUUAAGGAAGAGUUAAGGAAGUUGAUGGGUACAAAGGGAGUAAAAGUGCCAAUCGUGUUUGUUAAAGGGAGGAUAAUCGGAGGCGCCGAAGAAGUUGUAAGGUUGGAUGAAGAAGGGAAACUAGAAGGGUUGUUAGAAGGGAUUGCAACAGCUUCAAUUGGGUGUCAAGGGUGUGGUGGAAUAAGGUUUGUAAUGUGUAUGGAUUGUAAUGGAAGUUGUAAGGUUUUGGAUGAGAAUAACAAAAAUAUGGUUAAGUGUGGAGAAUGCAAUGAAAAUGGACUAAUACAAUGUCCAAUUUGUUGCUAAAAUGUAACUAAGCUAACUCUUUAUUUGUUUGACUUGGGAGGAACAAAGAUUGGUUGAAGAUUUUAAGGUAGUUUUAGGGCUUUUGUUUUUUGCUCUCCCCAACCCCGGAAAUUAUUGUAUGAUCCUGAACCAUGUGUUCGUGGUUUGUUAAAGGUAGGAUUGAUCUUACUUCUUGCCUAAUUUGUUAUUCAUUUCGGUUUGUAUGUUGAUUGGAUUUAUUUAUUUUUCUUCCCAACUAUUAUUGAUUAAUUUGUGUGCAACUUUUUGUUGGGUGCGAAUUUGAUGUGUGGAUAUACUGAUAUGGGAUUUGUGUGAUCA